CUGAACAGUUAUGUCUUAUUUGUAUCAUGGGCAGAAUUAGUUAACUUUUGUGGGUAACAUUUAAGAUUUUUUUCACCUUGGGUUUAGCCUGGGCCUAAGAGUAACGCCCGCAGAAAUACCUUUAAUUUUGAAGUUGCUAAAACAGUUUUUCCAAAUAAAAAACUUUUGCUGGUGUUUUAUUUUGAAAGUCCAGUCAGGAAGUGAAAGUCGGUGUUCUGCGCCUGCGUCACUAACACAGUCUGUAGUUUGCAACAAUGUAACAGACAGUCGGAACAUGAAAGGCUUUUGCUGCAUUUGAUGUCUGAAGUCGGCUCGCGCGUCUCACUUGGAUUAAGGAAAACAGACGAACUUGUACCUCUGACUCUUGGUUGAAACGGCGGAUGAAUUUGCGCCGCAGGACGAAGCAGAGCCGCAGAAUGCCUGCGCGGAUCUCACGUCUCCGUUUGUGUGGGUGGAGACUCCCGCGGACGCCGCUCUGUGCCUAAAAACACACCAAAAGGCCCAGUUUCGGGAUUAGAAGUGGGAUUAUUUCAAAUUACGACAUCAAAUAGACUUUUUUGUGUGAGGACGGAGGAGGCAGCUGCAGGGGCGGCAUGGGGGACUCAGCGGCAGCGGCUUCCCCACAUCCAGCAUGGGAGACGGAGGCAGGUAUCAUCGGGAACACGCUGAACCGAGCCGAGCAUCUCCCGCUUCAACGAGAACACAGAUGAUAAUCUGAUCAUAAUCCGAGUCUCAUCCAUGUUAGAGAACAUCUGACACCCAUCAGUUAUUAGUGGAAUUGUUUUUUGUUUUGUAGAACAGCUAUUACGGUUUAUUUCAACAAAUAGAAACCAAGUUCUGAUUUUCUCUCUUUUCCAUUUUGAAAAGUCAUGUUUUCUGUUUUUUUUUUUUUUUUUUUGCAAACAUAAAUGAAGAGCAGUGGAAGAGUCAUUGUGAAAGCUUUGAAAACAGUUUCUAUGGUGAUGGAAAUGUUUUCUCUGCUUGUCUAGUCAAAGUGCUCAUCCAUGACAAAACAUCCUGGUUUCCCUCUGGGAUGCUGAUCUGUCGGACUAUGAAGCCCUCAUGUGUCUGGUGUUUCUGCUUGAGGCUCUGUUUUGAUGUAGGUUUCUUUUUUUACAUUUUUUGACAGAGCUUGUCCUGAAAGUGCAACAACAGCCAAUUCAGGACUCGACUUCAUGACAUCACAAAAACCUGCUUUUAUCUUUUGUUGUGUCUUUUGGUUCACUUGUGAGACUUUUGCCAUUUCCAUUCGGAGGAAUUCUCCAAGCAUCUCAAACAUGUUUUUGUGUCAUCUAAAAAGUAUACAUGCAUAUAUGCUCAUAUACACAAACACAUUUUUAUGUAUUUUUUUACUGUGAAUUUCCCAUUUUUUAGUGAAAUGCAGUGAGCAACCUUUCCCAACAAUGGACCCCAUGGCCUCAUUAUGACACAGAGAAAUGCAUAUUUACAUUUUUUCUAAAUACACAAAUUAGUCAUGUAUUUAUUUCUCUCUAUAUCCAGUUCAAUCUCCAUCCAUCCAUCUGCCCAUAGAGAGAAUAGGAAUAUUCUUUACCUAUAACUCAUUUUGACAGGUGACCUUUAACCCUUCACCAGGGGUGUCAAACUCAAAGCACAGGGGCCAAAAUCCAAAACACACCUAGGUCACGGGCCGAACAGGAUAAACAUUUAAAGAACACUCUAAAACUAAGUAUAGGGUUAGGAUACCGGUGCGGUCCACAUCCCAGUACCAGACGGUACCUGUUUGCGGCCCACAGGUUGGGGAGCCUUGAUUUAAUUGGAUGUUAAAAAAUGGCGAGUUAGGAACACCCAAAUAGUACAUUUUUGACGCAGAGGGAUCCCGAACCAUACAUCAAUAUUUGACGACUUUGGAAUGACAAUGUGUUGCAUUAUGUUACCAGUGCAAGAUAACAUCGGGCAGUUAAUAACAAAAAUAGAAAAUGAUUCGGCGGGCCGGAUAGAAUCAGCCAGCGGGCUGUUAUAUACAUUUAUAUAAAUGUUAUACAACAUUUAUAUAAAUGUAUAUAACAUAUAUAUAAAGCCAUCUGUCACCUGUCAAAUGUGUUUGAUGGAAAGUGUAUUCCUGUUCUCUCUGACCAUUUUCUGAACUGCUUUUGAACCAGGAACUUUUUGCUGUGAGGCCAGCGUGCUGACCACUACACCACCGUGCAGCCCUGAUAAUCUAUAGCAUUAAUUUAAAUCUCAUUUUACUGACAUUGAGUCUCAUGACCUCAUAUAUCUGUCUUUAUGUGUUUUUAACCAUAAUUUUGCCAUAACAUAUGACUUAAUUAUUCAUUUUACAUUGCCGACUGUUCCUGGUAAUGUCUUAGUAAAAAUGUUUCUCACCUUAACCUUUUCUAAGUUAGCAAGCUGAGGAAUAAAUGGCGGCUCCUUAAGGAUUACCUGUACACUGCAUGUAUUCAAUAGUGUUCAUUUCAAGAACUAUAGGAGCUCCUUGGUGAUGGAAUUCUGUUGCUGAUUGCUUUAGCUUUGGUUUUACGUUCAUUUCCCAUAGAAAGUUCAGAAAGCCCGGUCUGUAUCCAUGUGGUAAGGUUUGGUGUUUUAGGGUCACAAGUAAAGCUUUGCAGAACAACUCUUCCAAAGGUGUUUUUUUUAAGGCUAUAUUCAGAAAUCUGAUGUAAAUUCCAAAGGAAGUGAUUACAGUAUGUUUAUGUAAAGAUUUCUAUUUUGGGGGUCUUUUGAUUUUUGUCAUUUGACUGAAACAUUUUCAUGUCUUUUCAUGUCAAACUGUCUUUUUAUUUUUAAUCCCCUUAAAUUCAACAUGUAAGAAAUAUUGUGCAUGUACGAACUUUACUGCAGUGACCGAGUUCCAGCUGAGUUUCUGCAGAAGCUCUUUUGUUCUUUGAUGGUUCAACACUUCUCUGCAGGAAGAUUCUCCCUCUGGCGAUUCAAUCUGCAACAUGAACUUUUCAUUUUAUUUUUACAUCAUCCCCAGGUUUUCUGCAGGUUUGCUUGGAGGCUGAAGGAGCUGUUGGUCCCUGGUCUGGUGAGCUGGACUGGGGCACCACGGUGGGCUGAGUUGACCACAUCCGCUGCAUUAUGCCCAGCAUCGGCUCUCCAGUGAAGAUGCCGACGAGGGAAGAAUGGUUCACCCUCUGGAUCUCUCCCGUUCAGAAGCACUGGGCAGCAACAACAGUGGCUGCUGCUUGCUUGUCACCGGGAUUUUGAGCCUUCCCAAGAAGCUGCUGAUGGAGGACGUCUCAGUGGCAAAUGUUUCUCUGGGCUCCCGGUCUCCAGUGGCGAUCACCCCAACAGCUCAGGCCCAAGAUAUCCGCCAAAGCGUUAGCCUCCCGCUGCAAAUCUUCUUCAGUUUUGUGAUGGUCACAAUCCUGCUGGUGGCCCUGUCUGGAAACGUGGUGGUGUGCCUGAUGGUGUACCAGCGGUCGGCCAUGCGCUCCGCCAUCAACAUUCUGCUCGCCAGCCUGGCGUUUGCAGACAUGAUGCUGGCCAUCUUGAACAUGCCGUUCGCUCUGGUCACAGUGGUGACCACUAACUGGAUUUUUGGAAACCUAUUCUGUCGAGUCUCAGCCAUGUUGUUCUGGUUGUUUGUGAUGGAGGGGGUGGCUGUUCUGCUUAUAAUAAGCAUAGAUCGUUUCCUCAUCAUCGUCCAGAAACAAGACAAGCUCAGCCCACAGCGAGCAAAGUGUCUUAUCGUGGUCACCUGGGGUCUUUCUUUCAUCAUCUCCUUCCCUCUUUCUAUUGGUUUCCCUCCUCUGGACACCCCCCCCAGGGCCCCCCAGUGUGUUUUUGGUUUCAGCACUGAUCCUGGUUACCAUGCCUAUGUACUGAUCCUCAUGUUGGCGUUCUUCUUCAUUCCAUUCUUGGUUAUGCUGUACACGUUCAUGGGGAUCCUGAACACCAUCCGGCACAACGCCAUUCGCAUCCACAGCCACCCAGACGGGAUGUGCCUGAGCCAGGCCAGUAAGCUGGGCCUGCUUAGCCUGCAGAAGCCUUUCCAGAUGAACAUCGACAUGAGCUUCAAGACCCGUGCCUUCACCACCAUCCUCAUCCUCUUCUCUGUAUUUACGGUGUGCUGGGCACCCUUCACCGCCUACAGCCUGGUGACCAUCUUCAGUAAUGACUUCUACCACAAAAACAGUUUCUUUCAAAUCAGCACGUGGCUCCUGUGGUUGUGCUACCUCAAGUCAGCCCUCAACCCGCUCAUUUACUACUGGCGGAUCAAAAAGUUCCGCGACGCCUGCCUUGACCUGAUGCCCAAAUACUUCAAGUUUCUUCCUCAGCUGCCAGGCAACACAAAGAGGCGCAUACAGCCCAGCGCUGUGUAUGUAUGUGGAGAGCAUCGUUCUGUGGUUUAAAGGGAAUGCCACUUUAUUACUGUUAGCACAUCAUGCUCCUCUGUUUUUUGGUUUUGGACUUCUCUGAGUGGUUCUUCAGGCUGAACGUGGCACUACAUUAAAUUGGUGCAGGGCGGGAUCUUUGGGGGCGUUUAGGUUUGAUUCAAUUUAGGUACAAUUUGGCUUUUUCCGGUUAUUCUCUAAAGCAAUCCUACAUGUUAUCAAAUUCUGACAGAGAUCAAAUGUUAGAACCAUUUAACUAAACAAGAUUCAAAAACAGUUGUUUAGAAUGAAAAUGACUAAAACAUUAUUGGAGAAAUUUGUUCAGAUUUUUUUUCAGCCAAAUCAGAUGUGAGUUGAAGUUUUUCAAAACAUUAAAAUGAAAACUGACGCAAGGCUUUUUUUUAAAGGUAUGCUUGUUUAUUCUUACUAAAACACAGGCUAUUCAUGUUAUAAGUUCCAUUUUCAAAGAUUUUCUUUAAUUUAUUUACAUCAGACGCCUUUAUUUUUUUAUCUUGUUUGUUUUUUGCAGUUGUACAGUAAACACUGGAUUUGUUUUCUAGGGAAUCAGGUGCCAACUCUCUCCUUGUGGUUCAGAGUUUGAGGUUUGGGUCUGUUUUUAAGCUGCAGCUUUUAUCCAGUCUUAAGGACUGUCUUGGAUCUUGACUAGUUGGUUGAACCUCCAAACUCAUGUUAAAUAGAUUAGGAUUUUUAGGUAUUUUCAGUUGCUACAAAAAACUUUAGAUCUUAGCUUUAGCAUACUACUUUUGCAUGCUACGUUAGUUCAAGCUAAAACAAACGAAGCGGCAGUGCUGUACAGAGUACUUCAUUCUCCUCUGGAUCUCACAUUGUUGUCUAGAACUAUCUUCCAACAUGAGUUUAGUAUUUGCUAAGUGACUGUAGUUCUGUGGCUGGUUCGCUUUUUCACUAAUGGGGGUUUUGGAAGAUCAACAGUCACUCCGUCCUUGGCCAAAACCCAACAAUGAAAGGCGUUUUGGUCAAAAGCAUCUGCUAACAUCUGGUUCUGUAUGACAUUUUAGUGGAACAUUUAGGCCCUGUUACCUUACCCACCCCCACCAUUACAAUGUAGUGUUCAAAUCAGUCUGAGUUACUACUGUGGAUAAACAGGGUUUUAAAAAUAGUUUUUAUAAGAAUAUGGUCUAAGCCACAUCUGGACUUAUCUGAUCUUCUGCAUCAUCAUGCUGACUUGGCUCACGUCAGUGACAGCUUUGCAAUGCUCGAUGUGUGUUUUAUUUUAUUUUGAAAGUAGGAAAAUAGCUGUUCAGAGGAUACUGGUGCAGUCAGGAGCAGGAGCUGGCACAGGUUUUGCUCCGAGUGAUUUCUCCUGCCCACAGACCUUCUGUAAAGAUGGACGCCUCGCCAUGUUCUCACAAAAAAUUACUUUCAAAGCUGCGCUCACGGGAUGGCAGUCAGUCAGCACUGGGGCGAGGAGCGGGUAUGCUUUUGUCAGAGAAACGGUUCCAUUUGAGGAGGAAGAUCUGUCUGCAGGCUGCUGUAAAAAGAAGAUUCUGACAUUCCUGCUUGUGGAAGAAAAAAUGUGAAGCCAUUCUCAAAUAUUUGGUUAAUUUGAUUAAAAACGAAUAUUUUCUGAAAGAAUUCAGGAAGUUCUCCAUUCCAAUUUCUUCAUUUGUACAUGACUAUGGGAUUAUUGGAUGAAUCUGUUGUUGAGAAAAAUAAUCCUAGAGCUGAUGUUCACUUAUUCCUGACUCAAAGGUGGAGGUUUAACCAGCUUAGUUGGUCCAUCUUUACAUGAGGUGUGUGGGACAUUCUCACGCUUCUUUGAAUCUUGAGACCUUUAAAUCAAACUGAAGCCUUCUUAUUCUGUAAAGAUUAAAUUUAAGCCAUCAGAGCCAAAAUAAAAUCCCAAAAAAUGGCAAGCCAGUGUGGCUGCUUUUUACUAAGGCGAAGCCAUGAGGAGAUUCUGCCAAAAUUCACUCACAACUUUGGCGAAAUGUUUCUGAAAUCAGAAGUGACUAACUCUAAUAAAGAAUGAGAUACAGAUCUAUGAUGCCAGAUUUUGUGUUUUAGAUGGAACCUGUUCCUUUACUAGACUGGAGUUGGCAUACUCUCAUGUUAGUUUAACAAAUUUGCCUUCUUCUCUGAGAACAAUUUCAUGUUAUUUAUUGUCACAAGAACCUUUAAAUGGAAGCUGUUGAAAUGAGAACCAGUCCCUAAAUCCUGACAUGCGCUGAAAGGCAGUGCAGGAUUGAUAUAUUUAUUUUUUUCCUCACUGGGGGAAGGUUGUUGCCUCAUCUCUCAGUGAGCAGAUUUCAUUAUAAAACAUGUUAAGUUGUGUGGAUUCAGUUUUAAGGCAUGUAAAUCAACAGCUUAAGGUUGUGAGGAGGAAGUGGCCAUGAGACUUUGAGCCUGUACCAGUAAUUCAAUGUUUUAAUUGUGCCUAUGACUUAGUUAAUUAUCCAGUUGGAAUGCUGCUACAUCUGGUGAAAUGUGCAAUUCAGUGUACUGUACUGUUGAAUAUAAUAAAAACUUAGACAUUUCUUACAUUGGUAAACAGCCUCUGAUGCAGUUCUUGCAUGUGUGUUGGUGUGUGUUGUGGAGGUUUGAUUUUGAAAGCGUUCUGUUCUUCUUGCUUUUUUGUUUGUUUUUCGGCAGAUCUUCCAGUUUUCCUUUCAGGGUAAAAUAUAUUAUGUUCAAAUUCUUCUGUCAAUCCAAAAAAAAAAAAAAAAU